GGGAUUCUCGACCUUUCUCGUUUAUUACCCACAAACAAAUCUGCCAGUCGAGUGGACACCAUGUCGAUGUCACCCUCGGCGCACCGCAAGCGCCGCCCUUCGGCCGCGACUGCCACCAACAAGCGCCGCCGCCGCGUGUCCUCCUCCUCCUCCGCCGCCGCCGCCGCCUCGGAAUCCUCCGAUGUCUCCUCCUGGGGGUCGCCGCUUCCCGCAGACCUGGUCUGCCUGAUCGGGUGGCGGGCGCUGGCCGGCGACCUGCGCGACUACGUGCGCCUCCGCGCCGUCUGCCGCGAAUGGCGCUCCGCCACCGUCUGCCCGCGCGGCCGCGGCCUCCACGACCCGCGCUUCCACCCGCGCCGCUGGAUGAUGCUCCCCGAGGGCCACGGCAUCCACCCCGGCCACCGCAAGCUGGGCGGGUACAUCCGCUUCAUCAACCUGUCCACCGGCGCCAUCGUCCGCGUCCGGCUCCCGCUUUUCAGCAGCCACUGCAUCCUCGACUCCGUCGACGGGAUCCUGCUGCUGCAGCGGGACGAGGACACCGUCAUCCGCCUCCUCCACCCCUUCACCGGCGACAUUGUGGACCUCCCUCCGCUCGCCACCCUUCUGACAGGGUUAACACCCAUCCAGAUGAAGAUGUUCAGCUGGAACGUUCUGAGGACCGUCGGUGCUACCGCAUUCACAGUGAGCGCAGAUGGAGUCGUCACCGCCAUGAUUGGGCUCUUCAAAUUGGGACGGGUAGCCUGUGCCACCACCAUGGACCAGCAAUGGAGGCUCUCGACAUGGAGCAUAUCAAAUGGUUGGAGGCCGCUGUCGUUCCAAGGCAAGAUGUACACGUUGCACACUCCCACAAAUGGCAGCGAGCUUCAGAUCUUCCAAAUCGAGUUACCAGGGCCCGGGGAGAAGGAGGACUUUGAUAGAAUCUUGUGCUAUCUACCAGCACCUAAGUUGAUUGCCACAUGUCUGGCAGGCAAACCUCGGAGGCCUUUUUACUACCUCGCAGAAUGUGAUUCGGAGAUCCUGGUGAUCGGCCGUUGCCUUACAGAUUCACUGCACGUUGAGGUGUACAGACUAUCUGACAUCAUCCAAGACAGGAUUGUCCCGGUAACGAGCAUCGGAGGAAAUGCUCUCUUUAUUGAAGAAAGGGUCUUGAGUGUCAGCAGUAGAGUGCACCCCACCAUUGUAGGUGACUCUGUUGUACAUCUCCAUUGCAAAGAAUUUUAUCUUGGGCAUUACCAACUUGCCACUGGGACAUGGUUGCCAACAGCGGAUGGGUGUGCCAGAGGUGGUGUACCGAGCCCUUGUAGCCUCAUCUACCAUAUCUUCACCUGUUGCUGUCGACCGACUUGGAACAAAGGGGGGCUUCUUUAUCAGGGUAAUGUGCAACCUAGUUGGAGAGUGAAGAGAAAAUGGCGUGAGGGGGAGCUGGUAGUUCGAUCGACCAACGCACAAACACCUUCUCCCAUGGCCAAACCAGAACCCCAUAUCUGCAUGACCCUUACCGUCGCCGCGAGAAGGAUCUACGACUUCAAGGUUGAGGGCUACUCCGUCGCCAAAUCGAUGACUUCCGGCGGCAAAUACUUCCAGUCCGACACCUUCAGCGUCGGCGGCUACGACUGGGCCAUGCGCUUCAGCUACAACGCAAUGUUUGGUAGUACAUCGUUCUACCUCGUUUGCCUGAGCAAAAUCAAGUCUGAAGUCGGCGUGGUCUCUAUGUGCACGCUGCUCGAAAAGUCCGGCAAGCCGUCGGCGACGAUCGAGCAGAGGCUGUCCACUAUAUUCUCAUGCUGCGGUCAGCGGGAAGUCUUCGCCGGUUUCAUGAGCGAGGAAGAUUUCAAGGAUCACCUUCAGGGCGAUUGCCUCACUAUACGCUGCACCAUCUCUGUCCUGAGAAAUCCGAUGACUUAG